UCCUUUUUUACCCUAUUAUUAUUUUUGUUCCGUUACGGUCUCCACCUUUCUUCUUUGGUUAGGGUUUUCUGUAAGCGACGAUCAACCGGAAAGAUUAUGACGAGAACCAAAGAAACCAGAAGAAAGCGGAAACGUCAUGAUUCUCCACCACGCCCCUCGCGUGAUCGGAGCAGCCAAAAGGCCGAUCAUUCACCAUAUUCAGCCUCACACCGUCCCCCGAUAAGUUCGGAGCCGAAUCACCAUCGGAUCAACCAACAAGAACCAACGGGUAAGCGUCCCACUUUCACUUCGUACAUCGACACCCCUAAUUUGCCCGUUAAAGUGAAGUUGCUAUGUGAAAUCAUUGCACAGACGCCGCCACUAGAAGUAGAUAGGGUUUUAGACGAUGCUGGAAUUAGGGUUUCUACAGACAUUGUUGAAGAUGUCCUCAAGUUAUCAUAUGCACACCCAUCCGCCGCCGGUAAGUUUUUCCGGUGGUCGGGAUAUCAGUUGCACGAUAGACAUAGUCCUUACGCUUGGAAUUUAAUCGUCGAUAUGUUAGGAAAGAAUGGGUCAUUCGACGCCAUGUGGAAGGCAAUCGAGUCUAUGCAUAAAGAAGGGUUACUUUCUCUCGCCACAUUCGGCUCUGUUUUUGGUAGUUAUGUCAUAGCUGAUAAGGUGAAAGGAGCCUUCAAGACAUUCUAUGAAAUGGAACACUAUGGCUGUGUACGCGAUAUUGUAGCUUUGAACUCGCUUCUCAGUGCCAUUUGUAGAGAUGGAAAAACCAUAGACGCCAAGGAGUUUUUGCAGGUUGCCAAGGCUGAAAUUAGACCAGAUGCUGAUACAUAUGCGAUCUUGUUAGAGGGAUGGGAGAAUGAACAAGAUGCAGUUAACGCUAGACAAACUUUUGAAGAAAUGGUUGAUGAAAUCGGGUGGGAACCCAACAAUUUCCCUGCGUAUGAUUCUCUUUUAAACACUUUACUCAAGGGUUCUGAUGGGUUAAAAGAGGCUAUGAAGUUCUUUGAAUCUUUAAAGGAUAGAAGGUGCUAUCCAGGUAUGAGAUUUUUCAAAGCUGCAUUAAAUGAGUGUGUGAAAAAGGGCGAUAUGAAGUCUGCUAUUGUGCUAUGGGGUGUAGUAAAGUUGCAAGAAGGUUGCAAACCAGACACUGAAAUGUACAAUUUGAUGAUUUCUGUAUAUUUGAAUCUUGAAGAUGAUGAGCUAGCUGGAAGAAUUUUAGAUGACAUGGUUUUGAAUGGGGUAUUCCCGGAUUCUCAAAGUUAUAAUCUUUUAUUUCAGUUCUUGAUUAACACAAAUAAAGUUCAAGAAUCUGAAUUGGUGUUUACUGAGAUGAUUAAAAACGAAUUUGUCCCAACUCAUGACAAUUGUUGUAUGGCAGUUAGGGUUUUUGUAGAGGGUGGAGACCCUUAUACUGCUAUAAAAGUUUGGAAAUGUGCAGUUGAAAAUUACGAAACUGACCUUGAGGAAACAGGGAAUAUUUUGGUUAGUGGUUUACGUGAUCAUAAUUGGCUUCCUGAAGCAGCAAAGUAUGCAGAAGAUAUUAUUGACAGAGGGAUUAAGUUGACUUCUGCCACAUUGUCAAAGGUAAGGCAAGGUCUUGCAAAAGCUGGAAAAGGACCUGUUUAUGAUGCUCUUUGGAAGAAGUGGAGUCUUCAUCAGAUUGAGAAUCCAAGUACAUCCCAAAAGGCGUGUAGUGAACAGGUGAAUAAUCAUGAGGGUGAGGACAUAAAUUUGGGGAAUAGUGAGCAUGAGAAGAUAAAUUUGGAGAAGAGAAAGUUGGAAGAGGCGAAGAAUGAGAACCCAAAAAGGAGCAAAAAUGCGUGUCAACAAUGUAACAAUUUCCACAAGGGAGAAUGCAAAUUAGGGCAAAAAUCAUGUUACAAGUGUGGGAAGCGUGGUCAUAAAAGUAGUGAUUGCAUGGAAGAAGCGAGAUUAUGUUUUGUGUGUAAUUCACCUAACCAUGUGAAAGCCAAUUGUCCGCAAGAUAAAAAAAAUGGGAAAAACACUGAGACUGUGACUGUGACUGAGUCAAAGGGGUGUGCGAAAUGCAAGCGGGCCCACAAGGGAGAAUGCUUGGUAGGACAAAGGAUGUGUUUCAAGUGUGGGGAGAAGGAUCAUAUUAGUAGGGAUUGCAAAGCAAAAUUAUGUUUUGUUUGCAAAUCCCCUGACCAUGUAAAAGCGGAUUGUCCCCAAGAUGGAAACAAGAACACGGGUAAAUAAAUGAGUGUAAGAUGGUUGCAAACCCGGGACAAAAAAAAAAUGUAUAAAUGUAUGAUUUAUUUGUAAUUUUUAUGUUAGCUAUUAAUUAUUAUGUUGAUGUAGUGGUAAAUAUGUUAGAUGAAAUGUUUUUUUUUAACCAGAAAGAUGAUGUUCACCC